AUGGCAGCGAGUGAAGGUAGCAGCAGUUCCAAAGAUCUCGACCAGACACCAACGUGGGCCGUUGCUGUCUGGCUUGGAAAAAAGCAGAAGAAGGCUUUGCUCGAAGCUCUGGAGAAGGUCAAGGCUGAGUUGAUGAUUUUAGGUUUCAUUUCACUUCUUUUGACUUUCGGGCAGAGUUACAUUGUCAAAAUAUGUAUUCCUGCAAAACUCGCAGACAAAAUGUUGCCAUGUCCGUAUAAAUAUAAGGAGGCAGACAAGGCAUCAAACAGUGGAGGGAACCAUCGUAGGAAACUUUUUGCUUAUGAACGUAGAUAUUUAGCUGCUGAUUCUACCUCGUUUAAAUGCAAUGCUGAGAUACGUGGAUGGAAGGCAUGGGAGGAAGAGACUUCAACUCAUAAUUAUGAGUUCGCCAAUGGUAUGGGUUCCAACAAUCGCUGCUUCUUUAGGCAGUUUUAUUGGUCUGUAAAUAAGACUGAUUACCAAACUUUGCGUAAUGGGUUUAUCAAUAUAAUUUUGGCUGUUGGAACAAAACUUCAAGCCAUAUUGGCUAAGAUGGCGCUUGAUAUCACCGAAAGACAUGCAGUUGUCCAAGGCAUGCCUCUUGUCCAAGGCUCAGACAAACACUUUUGGUUUGGUCGGCCGCAGUUGGUUCUUCAUCUUAUCCAUUUUGCUUUGUUCCAGUAUUCUUUUGGGGUGAAAAACUGUUUUCGCACUGAUUACAAGCUUGCAACAAUAAAAGUAGCUAUAGGGAUUGCGAUGCUAUGCCUCUGCAGCUACAUCACCCUUCCAUUAUAUGCUCUUGUAACUCAGGUAUACCUAAAAGUUUUUAUUUCCUGGCCUGCAUGA